AUGAAGAAUGGUGGCAGGAAGGAGGAAGAAAAGGAGACGUGAGAAAAUAGCGAGAGGGAAGGCAGAGAGAAGCACAGAAAAUAGACAAGAAAGAGGAACAAAAUAUGGGUAACUACAGACAAGCUGAGAAAGGCGGCCAAUAAGGUGGUAAUCUGCGGAGCUGGCUCAGCGCAGCCACCAUUAGGAAGCCACAUUGCGCAUGCUCACACAUUCACAGCCUCCACGCCCGUCAUUUUGUGCCACUGCGCAAGCCCAGAACAUCCCCGCGUUCCCCCAACGCCGGCAGAACAAGAUGGCCGCGGCCACGUGGGAUAAGGAAAGCAAGUGUCGGCUGUCGCGUGGUCACUGUUACCACCGACGCCACCAGUCCCUCCCGGUAGGCCUCACACUCAGAUACAGCGCGCCGGCCUCCCACCAACCGAAAUGUUUCACCUCCGAGCACGGGACCCGCCCGCUCCAGAGAAAGCCAAGCCUACGUGUCAGCGGCCAUUACUCUCCCCAUUCGCUAUUCCCCGGUCUCGGCCGGCGCGGCGCGUGUGUGGCGAGGAGCCGCCGUUCCGCAGGACAUACGCAACUUACCUGGAAAUUAAAACGUAAAAAACCCGGACAAACAGCGAGCUCCGAGGAGCACAGAAAACAGAGACGGGGCUGCGCGGGAAGACGAUUGAUAAAGAGUACGUAGCGAGAACGUCCCGGAACGUUCCCCUUGCGCGUCCCGGCGUGCGUGCUGAUUGGCUGAGGCCAGCAGGGGCGGAGUGGUGGGGAGAGGAAGAGACAGCAAAGCGAAGGGAGCAGUGUUCUCUGCGAAAUGGGGUGUUUCCGGAAAUGGGGUCGACUUUUGCACAGCUGGUGCACCCUAAACGUCAGCAUCCCCCCCACAACCGGCUGAGCUGCCUUGAUCCCUUCCACAAAGGGACCUUCUCAAUCUCAUACUACUUGCCAUCCCUGACAUCAUCCUCCUGUCCUUGCCAUCAUUUCCCCCGCUGGAUCUGAUGUCUUCCUCACCAUCGUAGUCGUCUUCCUCUAGGUCCCUGCCAUUCUCUGAUGUUAACCUCCUUCACCUUCUAGUUCUUUAACCUCAUACCCUUUAAAGGCCUGACAUUUUAUCCCCCACUGUCACUGAUGUCAUCACCCUUCACAGUCCAUGAUGUCAGACCCAACGUUUUAAGGUUUGACCCUGACUCCUACUCUUUCUCCUCUGUGCUCACCAUCUAGCCGCCUGUCAUGGGACCCUUUUCCCUGGCGUCAUUCCAUCUCAUCUCUGACUUCAGCCCUCACCCUUGUCUGACUGCUCGCGUGAAGCCAGCCCCUUAAUUUUCCCACCAAUAAACUGCCUGAAAUGGCUUUUACAAAACAGGAUGCUGGCCGGGCGCGGUGGCUCACACCUGUAAUCCCAGCACCUUGGGAGGCCGAAGCGGGCGGAUCACGAAUUCAGGAGUUUGAGACCAGCCUGGCCAACAUGGUGAAACCCCAUCUCUACUAAAAAUACAAAAAAAAAAAAAAUUAGCCGGGUGUGGUGGCACGUGCCUGUAGUCCCACCUACUCGGGAGGCUGAGGCGGGAAAAUCGCUUGAACCCGGGAGGCGGAGGUUGCAGUGAGCCCAGACCACGCCAUUGCACUCCAGCCUGGGUGAAAACAAAACAAAACAAAACAGGAUGCUAUGAUCUUCAGAGGUUGUAAAUCCCAAUCCAUAGAGCAAUUUUUGCUCUCUUGGAAAGUAACUGAGCCCUUGCCGGGCGCAGUGGCUCACGCCUGUAAUCCCAGCACUUUGGGAGGCCGAGGUGGGCAGAUCACAAGGUCAGGAGUUCAAGACCACCCUGGCCAAUAUGGUGAAACCCUGUCUCUACUAACAAUACAAAAAAAAAAAAAAUUAGCCGGGCGUGGUGGUAGGCACCUGUAGUCCCAGCUACUCAGGAGGCUGAGGCAGGAUAAUCGCUUGAACCCGGGAGGUGGAGGUUGCAGUGAGCUGAGAUCAUGCCACUGCACUCCAGCUUGGGCGACAGAGCGAGACUC